CUGGAAUCAACGGCUAUUCACUGGACGUGCCGAGGUGGAAACGUAGAAGUCCUGAAAUUCCUCUUAAACAAAGGGAUAAACAGAAAUGCCAAAGACAAGUUGCUCAGCAGUCCCUUACAUGUGGCGGUAAGGACUGGCCAGUAUGAAUGUGGAGAACAUCUCAUUGCAUGUGAAGCAGAUCUGAAUGCUAAAGAUAGAGAAGGGAAAACUCCGAUGGAUCUUGUUCUGCAGUGGCAAAACGGCACCAAGGAAGUCUUCAAUAACCUGAACGCUUAUAAGAAUUCCCCCAUAGACACGUUCUGAAAACCAGAUUGAAAGCUGGUCCAUUUCUUUGCACACGUGGCACCACUUUCGGCGAAAAGAACAAUGUGAAGGAAGAAUUCCUGGAUACGUGAUGCCAUCUUUGCCUCAUCGAACGAGUGUUUUUUUGCCUUUGGAAUAAGUCUGAGGAUAAAAGGUUCAAAAGCACAGCUU